CACGAGUACGUGUAUGCCCAAACUACCCCUGGCAUAAGAAUUAACGAACUACGCCCUUCUUUCCUCGUUUUUAUCUCUGCAAUCCUCCCCUUCCUCAGUUCGUAAAUCGACGGGCAUUCUCUAUGCUCUCUCCUUCGAUCAUGAUCUAACUAUACUCCCUGCAUUUCUCAUCUCACCGCCGUCUCCUCAGAUCUGCUUCUCCGUCCGGCAGCUCUCCGCCUCUAAAGGUCUCACCACAUCAGGAUUUGAAUCAUCAAGAUUUCUGGAGUUGGUGAUGGCUUCAUUAACUCAUCCUUCAGCUAUAUUUGCUGGAAAUUUGGCUUUUAAAGCUUCAGCUUCAGAUCUCCUUCUUAGUUCUGGAGCUUGUAUCUGUGAUGUGCCAUUGAAAGAACUUGGUAGGGUAAGAUUGGGCUCUAUAAGUACAAGUAGAGGUAUUGUAGUCGCUGCAAAGAAGCUUAAGAGGCGCAGAAAGCAACAUGACUAUCCAUGGUCAGGGGACAUUGAUCCAAAUCUUAAGGGAGGGGUACUUCGCUUACUUUCCAAUUUUAAACCUUUGAAGGAGAAGCCAAAGCCUGUGAUAUUGGACUUCGAGAAACCAAUUGUGGAUCUACAGAAGAAGAUUGAUGAUGUUAAGAAAAUGGCAAGUGAUACUGGGCUUGACUUCAGUGAUCAAAUCAUUUCACUCGAAAACAAGUAUCAGAAGGCUCUUGAGCAUCUUUACAAGCAUCUGGAACCUAUACAACGUGUCAGUAUUGCAAGGCAUCCUCACAGGCCAACAUUUCUUGAUCAUGUAUUCAAUAUUACUGAUAAGUUUGUGGAACUUCAUGGUGAUCGAGCUGGAUACGAUGACCCAGCUAUUGUUACUGGUCUUGGUAUGAUUGAUGGUAAAAGUUUUAUGUUUAUUGGUCAUCAAAAAGGACGCAACACAAAGGAGAACAUAAAACGAAACUUUGGGAUGCCCACACCUCAUGGUUAUCGGAAGGCUCUGCGUAUGAUGCUGUAUGCAGAUCAUCAUGGUUUUCCUAUUGUUACUUUUAUUGACACUCCAGGGGCUUAUGCAGACCUGAAGUCAGAGGAAAAAAAUCAAGGGGAAGCAAUAGCACGAAACCUUAGGACAAUGUUCGGAUUGGAAGUACCAAUUAUCUCUAUUGUUAUAGGAGAAGGUGGAUCUGGAGGUGCUCUGGCUAUCGGCUGUGCCAAUAAAAUGUACAUGCUUGAAAAUUCAGUCUACUACGUUGCCAGUCCAGAGGCAUGUGCAGCAAUUUUGUGGAAGUCCGCAAAGGCUGCUCCAAAGGCCGCUAAGAAGCUUAAAAUCACCGCCCAUGAGCUGCGCAAGCUUGAUAUAGCUGAUCUUGUUAUCCCUGAGCCGCUUGGCGGCGCACAUCAUGAUCCAAGUUGGACAUCUGAUCAGAUUAAAGCUGCUAUUCUUAAAGGAAUGGAUGAACUUUGCAAAAUGGAUACAGAUGAGUUGUUAAAUCACAGGAUGCUUAAGUUCAGGAAAAUAGGAACUGUUAAUACCUUCCGGGAGGGAAUUCCUGUAGAUCCUAUGAGGAAGAGGAACAUGAAAAAGAUAGAUUCGCCCGAUCUAAUAUAUGAGAAGACUGAUGUGAUGGGAUUAAUGAAGGAGGUUGAGGAACUGGAAGAACAGGUACUGAGUUCUCAGUCCAGUCGAGAAGUGAUGGUAGAAAAACUCAGAAGCGAACUUGAUGGUGAAUAUUUGGAGGUUGCCAAGAUGUUGGGACUUCAUGGUAAAAUUAUAAAGCUAAGAGCAGAGUAUGCUGAGCUGAGGAUUUCGAAUGACAUGUCCGCGUACGAGGCUUUUAUGGGAAGGGUUAACCAGCUGAAAGAUGAGUUCCAGAAAAAGCUUUCUAAAUCUCCUAGUUUUUCGGUCAUAAAACCUAAGCUCGACAUGAUAAGCAAACUAUCAAAAUCCCUGGAUCUCCUAGAGAAGAAGAGCAGAGUAGCUGCUAUGAAGGGGGAGAUUAAUAAGAAAUACAAAGAAAUAAUUAACCGGCCUGAAUUCAAGGAGAAGAUUGAGGCUUUACAGGCUGACAUCAAGAGUAGUGGGGUGUCAACACCAGCAGAGUUAGACCAAGGUUUGAAGUAUAGAAUAGCUCAGUUGAAUAAUGAGAUAAGAUCAAAAUAUGAAGCUGCUCUUGAAGCUUCUGGGUUGCAUGUUGAACCACCUUCAGUCUUAGAUGCCAAAAUAUAUGUAUAUCAAAAUAAAGUUCAACGUUUCCUGGAUGAUGCUAUGAAAUCGACUGAUGUGAAAGACAAGAUUGAGCUGUUGAAAGCUGAAGUAGCCAAGGAAGGCAAGACACCAGAUGAGGUUUCAAGCAACAAAGUUAAGGCUCUGCAUCAGGAAAUUAAGCAGCGCUUAAUGGAGGCUUUCGAGUCAUCUGAAUUAAAAGACGAAUACGAGAAGCUGAAAUCCGAGAUCUCACAAUCCGUUGAAACUUCUAAAGGUUCAAAUGGUGUUUUGCCAAAAGGGGAUGCCAAACCUAAGCCAAAACCUAAGAUUUCAGGAGAAUCCAUUUCAAGAGUUCUUACUGGGAAUUGGCUACAAGGCAUUGCCAACCUGGUAAUGUAAAGUGCGGUCAGAGUUCAAGGUUAAUCUUGAGGUAAACUUAUAUCACUUGGCAAUAGUUAAAGACUCUAGUCUCUUUGGUAUUGCCAUAAAGACAAUCAGUCAGACAUUAUGAGUCAAUGAUGUGCUGAAACUACAUUCAGCGCAUUGAAGAUCCUCCUUUCAAAACUCCAGUUCCAUGUCAGCUUCUAAUGUUGUCUUCUUUCAUAAGUCGUGGAUGUUUCUCCUUUUCUUGGUUAGGAUUUACACCUUCGGUUGGAUCAUAAUUUUAUUUAUACUUAGUGUCAUGGUUUUGUCAGGUUGAACUUGAGUUUUUUUGUUGUGGUUUCUAUACAAUCAUUGUUCUGUAUUGUUAGCUACAGAAUGUUAGCUCAUAAGACAAGCAAAAUAAAGAGUGCAUUGAAGAAUUUAAAAUGCUCGGUAAUCAUUACAUUCUACCCAUUAAUAGGCUCUGAUUUUCUGUUG